CAUUCGUGUAGUAGCAGAAGCUUCCGGCGGUCGUCGUUGUUGUUGUCACUUGUGGCUUCUUGACAGAAAACGCGCAAGGGGAAUUUUGCUGUGCGCGUUUUUAACGGUAAACUUAGCUCCGCCCCUCUCUUUGAUAGAAAACGGUGAUGUCGCUUGGUUGUUAACGAGCUUGACCCACAAGACAGGGAAGGAGGCGGAAACGCAUCAAAUUAACGGAAUAUUCCUGAAAGGGAGAUUCCACCGUGAAGCUCAGCUAGAAGAGGACUAUCAACCAGGAUUGAAGCCCCUCGAAGGCAGUCGUUGCUGAAGUGGACCCCCGAUUGCACUGUCAGUCCUUCUCGCCUUCUCCAUCCUCCUGUUUCUGGGCUCGGUGCUUCAUUCACCUUCUACCAAUGAACAACUAGAGCUUGACCUCUGACCUUGGCGUGAUAUCGCACCACUUCUGUCAAACCACGCCCACAGUGUGUAUGGAGCAGUGUGAGAGCGCAGCAGCUCUGCUGGAGUCGGUCAGGGAGCAGGAGAUGCAGUUUGAACAGCUGACUCGGGCGUUGGAAGAGGAGAGGAGGAGAGUGGGCCUCCCCGCCACCAGCCCUUCAGCGCUGGGUCGCCCCCUCCCUCACACACAGAACGGCCGUUUAGGGGAUGCAGACAUAGAACGACUGAAAUUGACAGACUCCUACAUAAACGGCACACAGUACAGGAUGGUGGACCCGGCACACAGCACUCUCGACGAGAGCUACACACCGGAGGACGAUUCUCAUGAAGCACACUCUGUGUUCUCCGAAGAAGGAACCACACGGCGGCCAGACAAUGGGCUGAAGAAACCGAUGUCACGCACGGUCCUGCCAACAGACACGAUGUCCAUCGACGGCGGCAUGUCGAUGUCCGGUAUGGGUGGCUACAGCGCCACACUGGACCGUCCAUACAGGCACAUGGGAGGAGGAGACUACCCCACUGCUACGGUGCCCAGAAACUACCACUACGGUCCUGUCGGGGGUUACGAUGACUACAGGGGAGGGCCCCCAUCGGAGGCAUACACAAGCCUGAGCCGGGGAUCACACAUGGAUGAUCGUUACAGGCCAGUUGAUGGCUACAGAACCCUGGAUUCUGGUUACCGGGCUCCCAGCCGCCAGCAGAUGGACCCCUACGCCGCACAGCCCCAGGUGGGCAGGGGAAUGAGGGCCAUGGGCUCUGCAAUGGACAUGCGAUACGCUCACGGUCAUUACGGUCUGGAAGACGACCAGCGCAGCAUGGGAUACGACGACUACGGCAUGGGGCCUCCACCCAUGCACCCCGGCGGUUAUGGCACCAUGCCGCGCCUGGGACCCGGCCCUGGUGGUAUGGACAGGCGAAGACUCAGGAGCUGCGAAGAUACUUUAGAUGGUGACAUGGGAGGAGUGGAUCCAUAUGCCUGGGUUCCCAUGACCAUGGAGCGGGGGAGCAUGGCCUCAUUAGACAGCACAGUGAGGAAAGGUCCUCCUGCCUCAUGGAGACAACCAGAGCUGCCAGAGGUGAUCGCCAUGUUGAACUACCGCUUGGACCCCGUCAAAACCAACGCAGCCGCCUUCCUGCAGCAUCUCACGUUCAAAAAUGACAAGGUUAAAUCGGAGGUGCGGCGUCUGAAAGGUAUACCAGCCUUAGUGUCACUGCUGGAUCACCCCAGCAAAGACGUGCACCACUCGGCCUGCGGGGCGCUGAAGAACAUCUCAUAUGGACGGGACCCGGAUAACAAGAUUGCCAUCAAAAACUGCGACGGCGUGCCGGCUCUCAUCCGAUUGCUGAGGAAGACCCACGACCAGGACCUUACUGACACCAUCACUGGCACACUGUGGAACCUGUCAUCCCACGAUUCAGUAAAGAUGGAGAUUGUGGACCACGCCCUGCAUGCUCUGGCAGAUGAGGUGAUAGUGCCUCACUCGGGUUGGGAGCGCGGGAGCAACGGGGGAGAAGAAAGCUGCAAGCCACGCCAUCUGGAGUGGGAAACCGCCUUGACCAACACUGCUGGCUGCCUGAGGAAUGUGAGUUCAGAGCGCAGCGAGGCCCGGCGAAAGCUGAGAGAGUGCACGGGAUUGGUGGACUCGCUGAUGUACAUUGUUCAGUCACAGAUCAACCGCAAAGAUGUGGAUAAUAAGUUGGUGGAGAACUGCAUGUGCCUCCUAAGAAAUCUGUCCUAUCAAGUCCACCGCGAGGUCCCCAGCUGCGAUCGCUACGCAGAGACCGCACCCAUCAACCAGGGACCUGCACCUGGAUCUAACAAGGGGGGCUGUUUUGGCUCUCGAAAGGGCAAAGACGAGUGGUUUUCAAAAGGAAAGAAAGAUGGAGACGAUGGAAGUGCAGACCAAGUUGACAUUCCAAAGAGGACGACGCCUGCCAAAGGGUAUGAGCUGCUCUUCCAACCAGAAGUUGUUCGAGUUUACACAUCGCUCCUCAGAGAGAGCAAGAACCCCUCAGUGCUGGAAGCUGCUGCCGGGGCCAUCCAGAACCUGUGUGCAGGGCGAUGGACUUUUGGUCGCUACAUCCGUGCCACGGUGCGUCUGGAGAAGGGUCUUCCCAUGAUGGCUGAGCUGCUGGCUCACGGCAAUGAUCGCGUGGUCCGGGCAAUGUCUGGAGCCUUGAGAAACCUGGCCAUUGACAACCGGAACUGCGAACUUCUCGGUUUGCAUGCCGUGCCCCACCUCGUUGCCAAUCUCCCGGGAGGCCAGUCUGGGCGUGCUCUGUCAGAGGAGACGGUGGUGUCUGUACUGAGCACGUUGGCUGAGGUGCUGGGCAGCAGUCUGGAGGCGGCCAAGACUCUCAGGGCCUCGCAGGGCAUCGAGAGACUCGUGCUUAUUAACAAAGAUGGCAAGCGCUCUGAUCGUGAGGUUCGAGCGGCAGGCCAGGUGCUGCAGCUGGUCUGGGCCCACAAGGAGCUGCGUCGUCCUCUGGAGAAGGACGGUUGGAAGAAGUCGGACUUCCAAGUCAACCUAAACUCCAACACCGCCAAUGGCCCAAGCACCCGAACUAACGGCACCUAUGGAGAGACUACCACACCGCUGCUGGACAGAGGGGAGAAACGAAGCAUGAUUCCACUAAAUGACCUCGGCUCUGAGGCUUACUCGACACUGGACCAGAGGGAGAGGAGACACACUCUAGAUGACACAACAGACACUUUACCGAGAGGGGUGUAUGGGGGAAGAAAGGGCUCCCUGCCUCUGUUGGACUCCUAUGAUGGUUAGCCCUCCCCCCUCCUCCCCCCCCUCUCUGCAUGUAACAGCAUGAAAAACUGAUAGUGUGCAUCACCCAGACUGGACCUUCCCUGCCUGGCUACUGAGGGAAGGGGGGGUCCACGUGCGCGCACACACCUUGCCCUGCCCCGCCCUUCCUCUUCCUCCCGCCAUCUCCCACCGGACCAAUGAGACGACUGUUUGGCAUCCAAAGAACGCGGUGGUGUUGCAGCUUCAAGAAGAUGCAACACCACGUCAUUCUUUUUUUGUUUGUUUGUUUUUUUUUUACAAUUUUACCGUAGCAACAGAACUCUACUUUGUAUUAAGUUAUAAAUCUUUAAAGGCAAUCACUUUUGUUGACAAUCAUUUGAUUAUGGUGUUAUUUUUGUUUUUUUGCCCUCUUUGCUAUUAUCAACAUUGUGUUUAUUUUAUGUUGCUGCCUGCCGAGUGAGGAGCUUCUGCUAGACUUUUCAGUGUAGGCUAUAUAUCUAUAUAUAUGUGUGUGUGUGUGUGUGUGAGAAAAUGGGGGUGGGAAAGUGAUGACUGCAAUAGAGUGGGCUUUUAUUUAAAUGGUCCCUUCAUGGGGCUCGUUGGGAGGGCAUGGAGAAUGUUGUUUGUAUAGAAGUCUUGUGUAGAAUUAUUUUCUCCGUAUUGGGAUUGGCACAGAUGUACACAAGGAGGAGGAGGAGAGCAGAUGUGUUUUUAUUUGUGAUGCUGUGUGUGGUGGCGGCGGGGGGGGGGGAGAGAAACACCUAUGGACCUUUUUUUUUUUUUCCUUUUUAAUGAGCUUUUGGGAUGCAAGCGCACACCUGAACCAGAAGAACGCGCAUUGUUCAGUUUGUGCUCCUGUCUGUCCAUCUCGUUCUCCUGAUAUUUUUGUAAGUGUGAAAAAGACUUUAUUGAAGAAUUCCACAUCGAGCGCUCGCUUAGCCGCCUCUCAUACUUCCAUCGCUUCUUCUCGUAUCAGCUAUUUAAGAUUUGCUUCUGUUUUAAAACCACCACUCCCCCCCUCACACACACACACACACACACACACAAAGACUAUGCCAGGUGUAUUUGCUUAGAGGAGACUCGAGUCUGUACAGUUUUAGCGUAGAAGGCGGACAAGAUGCAUAUUUUUGUCAUCCAUUUGUUUCCAUUUUUUUUCUACCUGCCUUUUCUAUGUAGUUGAUUUGUAAUGUACCUACUUUUUUUUGGAGUACCCUGUGUGAUGAUGAUGAUGAUGAUGAUGAUUGCUGAGAUGGUUAUGCAAUUUGUUUUCCAUCUUUCUUUAAAUUCUCCCCUUCCAGUUGUCCACACACGGUAUAUUUGUAAUGUUGCCUAUCCAUGUAAAAUGACUAUGUACCAUUCAUACCUGCCUUCCUUUGACAAGUUGCUUUUUUAAAUAAAGUUAUGUAACUGGU